GCGAGAAAUGCAUUAAUCAAAUACUUAAGAGGAAAUAAUAAUGAAUAAUGUACUCUACUUAGCUAAGAAGAAUAAAAAAUCUAUACAAAGUGAAAGAAAUUUACUAAAUAAAUGGUUCUAAGAUUCUAUUAAAAGUUAUAUUUUGGAAUCUAUUGCCUCUCCUUUGAUCUAUUAACAUCUUAAUUUAAAAUCUUCCGCUUAAGUGAGAGCUUUCAUCCACAAGCAGACAGACAAAAAUAAACCUAAAUAUAUGUCAAUAGUUGAAUAAUAUUUUAUCUGUAUCAACCAAAGCAACUAAAAAGACAGCUUUUUAUAAAAUAUUAACAAAAUUCUUAUCGAUCCAGUUGAUAUUACUCAAAUAAAAACACACGAGUAAAAUUACAUCACUAACAAAACUGUAAGAAAGCAAUUCGUGUGUCUUCUAAUCCUAAAGUACUUUGAAAUUUUUGGAUAGCUAGAAAUUCCUUCAUUUUAUGAAUUAUGGAAUAUCUGCUUCCCAUAAGCAAUUCAAAUUAAAAAAAAACGCUCAAAAUUUGACAAAUAUCUUGAAAGAAAUAUGCUAAAAAGUGAUAUUAAAAAUCAAGCGGAAUUAAAUAACUCACUUUAAAAUUCUUCUGACUUUUUUAAUAAUUAAACUUCAUUUGAUUUUUCUACCAGCUAAAAUCACUCAAAUUAAAAAGAAUUACCUUCAGAUUUUCCUUCUUCACAAAUAAAUAACUUUGAUUAAUAAAAUCUACAAUUAUCUGAAGAAGAAUUAACCUAUCAAUAAGUCCUCUAUUCUUAGAAGUAGCCUAUUAACAAUAGAAUAUUUGAAGAGGAUAGCUACUAAUAAGAACCCAUGAGUCAUUUUCUCAAUUUUCAUUAUAGCUAUCAUAAUUUUGAUUAAGAGGAGGAGAUAUUGUAUAAUUAAAAUAUAUGA